AUGGAGGAGGAGCCCGCUGCGGACUCUCCCAGUGUACCUGGUGAGGUGGCACGGGAGAUGGCUAAGCUCUAUGCGCUUAUACUGGAGAAGUCUGACAACCAUGAUGAGAAACCGGAGGAGAUUCGCAACACAACGUGCGCCUCGGAGAGUAAGCAAGCCGACAUUGCUAGCCUCAUUAGCAACGUGGAGGGUCGACCGGGGUUUAUGGAGGACGCACAGGAAAGGCUGGAGGCCAAUCCACCGGCUACUAGCAAAGAAGUCGAAGUGCUCAGGGAGAAGCUGCAUGAUGUGGAAAAUUGUGAACGUAGAUGUAACCUACGCUUCGUUGGAUUCCUCAAGUUGUGUGAGAAAAAUAAUGCUGUCGCUUUCCUGGAGGGAAUCAUUCCGACACUGUUUGACAUUGACUUCGCCAAAGGAUUGGAGAUUGACAGAGCACAUAGGCUUGGAGCCAUGCCUAGAGGCCAGGAUGGUGACCAGUCCACUCGCCCCAAGCUAUAA